AUGGCGUCCAACCCGUCAACGCUCCUUUGGGGCGGUCGCUUCACAGGCCGGGCGCUGCAUGAGGCUGAUAUCCGGGGCUCCAUCACCUUUGCCAAGGCACUGCGGCAGCUAGACCUGCUCACCGACGAGGAGCUCGGCGAGAUCACCACGGGCCUCGAGGCUGUCGAGAAGGAGUGGGCUGAGGGCAAAUUUAUCAUACAUCCUGCUGUUGAUGAGGACAUCCACACGGCCAACGAGCGUCGUCUAGCUGAGCUCAUUGGCCCGACCAUCGUUGGCAAGCUUCACACAGGCCGCUCACGCAACGAACAGAUCGCCACCGACGUACGCCUAUGGAUGCGAGCCCAGCUCGAUGACCUAUCCGAACAACUGCGCGCGGCCCUGGCCGUUUGCGCUGCCCGCGCCAAUGCAGAGAUCGAUGUACUGAUGCCCGGCUACACCCACUUCCAACGCGCCCAGCCCGACCUAGGCUUCUCCUCUGUCCACCCUAACAGCUUAGCGGCGGUCGCGGAUUGUGACUUCGUGGCCGAGAUCCUGCAGUGGUCGAGUCUGCCGAUGGUGCAUCUUAGCCGCCUUAGCGAAGACCUGAUUAUCUAUUCAACAGCCGAGUUUAGUUUCGUUCAGGUUGCCGACGCCUACAGCACCGGUAGUAGUUUGAUGCCCCAGAAAAAGAACCCCAACAACCUCGAGCUGAUCUGGGGAAAGGCUGGCAGGGUUAUGGGGCAGGCAUCGGGCUUUCUUUCCACCCCCAAGAGCCUUCCAACGGCGUAUAACAAGGACAUCCAGGAGUCAGUGGAACCCCUCCUUGACUGCAUUAAGACGAUCGACUCCGAGAAGAUGAAAGCAGCCCUAACAGUCGACUAUCUGGUUGUGAAAGGUGUGCCCUUUCGGCAGACGCACCACAUCGCCGGCGCCGUUGUCCGCAAGGCAGAGGAGAAGGGCGCCUCUAUCGCUGAACUAGAGUUGCCGGACCUUAAGCAGAUCUCGCCCCAGUUCGAGGCUGACAUUGUUGACGUCUUCGACUUCGAAAGGAGCGUCGAGAGGAGGUCUGCCCAGGGGAUGUCCCCCGCCCUCCGGCGACGAGAUAUGUAA